UCGCAAUCGCAUAUCUAGCCUUGUAACUGUCUCAUCUGCAAAUCGUUCGAGACUGCCGCCUGCCGUUUAGCUAUAUUCCACACGCUCAACCCAUGGAGGUCCAUUCCCCACACUUCAUCUUGCUCUGCUAGAGACCCCUCAACAUAAGCCUCUUGUUUUCCUGCUCUCAUCGUUUCUCCGUACUGCGCCAGAGAAGCCAACUCGUCUUGCCGCGCGCUUUGCUCGCUAGCGGCUCCAGCACUGUUCAGACAAGACAACCCUCCAAAAUCCUCCGACACUGGACUGCCGUCACCGCUUGUCCUCCAACAUCAUGUCUAAUGUCGCUGCCUCUACCCCACCAAAGGAUCCUGUUAAACAAGCUCGUGCCUUGACCGAAAACCUGCCAGACGCUGGCCUACGAGGUCUUGACCAUUACUCUCGCAAACUACCAAAAUGGCGUUAUCGUCUAAGGCAAUCCCUCCUACCGAUUGUCCGAUGGGAAACUCCCUAUCUGGCCAAGCUUCAACAAACCUGCCGAACUCCUUUCCUUGAUUCGUACUUUGCAAUGACGGCGAACCUCGGCACGCAUACCUUCUUCAUGGCUGCGCUUCCUGUAUGCUUUUGGUGUGGCUACACUAGCGUUGGUAGAGCUUUGGUGCACAUGCUUGCGUUGGGUGUUUUCUUGAGUGGUUGGAUCAAAGAUCUGGUAUGUCUACCAAGGCCUUUGUCUCCUCCUCUGCAGAGAAUUACCAUGUCCGGUUCUGCAGCUUUGGAGUAUGGUUUCCCAUCAACCCAUUCGACAAACGCCGUAUCUGUGGCAUUCUACUUCCUGUAUCAACUGCACACCUCGACCGAUGAUGUUGCUUCGCCGCAGAGAUUGUUUGGCCUCUGUCUUGGGUACUUCUACGCGAUAUCAAUUGUGCUAGGUCGCAUGUACUGUGGCAUGCAUGGCUUCUUCGACGUGAUUGUAGGCAGCACUCUUGGUGCGUUGAUCGCCGUAGUUCAGCUGGCUUAUGGAACGUCGUUCGACGACUGGAUAGCUGCAGGAUCUUGGACUCACCCGGCAUUGGUUUUCUUGAUCGUACUUCUUGCGGUGCGCUUUCACCCAGAGCCAGCGGAUAACUGCCCUUGCUAUGAUGACAGCGUGGCCUUUGCUGCUGUAGUGUUGGGAUGCCAGCUAGGGCACUGGCAUUUUGCAGGGACGAGUAUCGCAGUUGUUGGCGAGCCUCCAGCUACUGUCUUCUUCAGCCUCGCGAAACUUGGAUGGCUCAAAACUUUGGCUCGUGUUGUCGGUGGUGUGGUUAUCGUGUUCCUCUGGAGAGCUACGAUGAAGCCUCUACUCCUAAGAUGUCUACCCCCACUCUUCCGAUUCCUCGAGACUGGUGGUGCUACUCUGCCUCGGCGAUUCUUCACGCAAGCAAGCGAGUACAAAAGAGUCCCUCCUCUUCGACAAGACGACAACGUUAUCCCAUCUGCUUCAGAUAUCCCAGGAAUGCUGUCCAAUCUUCGCCAUCCUCGCAAACGUGGUAUCUCGAUCGGACCACAGUCAGAGGCAGAUGCUCGAGAAUACAUUGCCAACAGGGAACGAAAACGUAGAGAGAGUCGUUCCUCUGCCGAUGGCAGCGAUUCUAGGCCUCGAUUGACCAAGAGUGGGUCUUUCUACAACACUACAUUAGAAGAAGAACCUACCCUUGUGAAGCAAAGACGUUUUGAGGACGGUUCGGACAGCCACAGACCUGCGACACCGCUUGAUACGCCUGGGCAAAAGGGUGACCUUCUCAUGCCCGAUCCAUUUAACGCUCUCCCAUUGACGCCUCCGCCAAGCGAUAGCGGCAAUGGCAGCGAUGCAGGAAGAGAAGAGAAAGAAGAAGGCGACGACGCAGAGCAAGAUCACCAGAUGUUCCUUGCGUUGGCAAAGCCGCGAGUACGGUAUGAUGUUGAAGUCGUGACCAAACUGGUCAUUUACGCAGGCAUUGCAUGGCUUGCAGUGGAGGGCAACCCGCUUCUCUUCGAGAUCACAGGAGUUGGUAAACACAGUGUGUAUUGAACGCGUUGAUGAAAGGACGAGGGACGAAAGAAAAGCACAAAAUGAUGAUACCCGUACAAAGAGAUCGAGCCGGUACAUAAUGUCUAUAGCCUCGUGUGGUGUUUGAACUCUCUUGCACGAAGCUGCAAUUCCAAGAUGCUAUGCACAAC